CCUGGAACUGUCGUGGUUGAGACCCUGGUCGGUCGCAUCACCACGAUUACGACGGGUGUACCGGGCAUUACGGGUACCCAGACCACGACCAUCCCGCCCAGUGGCACCGGCCUUGGGACAGUGAUCAUCCAGACGCCCGAGGACGAGGACCCCGACACCGGCACCUUUACGACGGGAGACCCUACAAUCACGGCGCCGACAACCUCCUCUAUACCGCCCUCUGGAACUAAUCCCGGUACCGUGAUUGUGAAGACGCCCGAUCCCUUGCCGGAGACUAUUCCCCAAAUCUUCAUAACCAUCACGACGGGCAAUCCCACCAUAACCGGGCCGGUGAUGCAGACGAUCCCCUAUACCGGCACUGACCCUGGGACUGUGCUCAUCCAGAGCGCCUGUGGAUCCGGCACCUUGGACAACUACAUCUGGGGCAUGCUGCUCCCUGUAGGUGGCCAAUCCGGAGACGGGGUGGACCUCAUCCGGCACGACCCAGUCCCGACCGGCUACAAAGUUGCCGACUGGGCCUUUGUGCCCGGCGGCGGCGAGUUCCUGUCCGGUCUGCUCUACCGCGUGGAAACGACCGCCUUGGGGCGCUGGAGCACCAUCAUCAACGAAUGGGAUAUUGUGCAGGACUGCGGCGUCGUGACGGGUACCGGAACCGAUGCUGACAUUUGGGGUGCUGUGUACUCGGCCGCGAAUGGCUUCCUCUACACCUCGGAGAACGACAGCGGCCAAAUCUGGCGCUUCCCCGUCCGGACCGGCGGGGACCCCGAGCUCGUCGUCGACGGGCCCGUCUCGAGCAGAGCCUCUUGGUAUCGACGGGGAGUGUAA